UUUUAUAGACAGCUGUUUGAUGGUGCUCUCAAAUAUGUACACAACGCGUUUCCCUUCAGAUUAAAUCGGAGUUAAUGUCGGAGAGGUUUGUUGGGGACACACAGCGCAGCUGAAAUUUAAAACCCUGGUACUUGGUUGUCUGAAGAUUUUUAGUCGUGCGCAAUUUUACGCAGCAAGUUCAGAAACUUUUUAAUUUAAGAAGAGACAUUUUUGUGUGCUUACUAGUGAGCUGUGUUUGCACUAAGUGGAAGGAGACUUUUUGCAGGACUUCUUCUUUGUAGCUCCCUGCUGCUCAUCAGCCAUUGUGGACGUCGGAAGGGGGCAAGGUCUAGUUUAUAUGCCCGCUGGCUACAGUGUGAGCUGCAUGCAUGAAAGGAGCUGCUGUAUGAGCCAUGAGGCUGCUGGGCCGGGACAUAUCGGACUGCCUGCAACCGGGAUUGGAUUAAUACCAUCUUGAUUCAAGUGGGGUUUUUUCCGACGGUUUGUAAAUGCACCUUUAUUUGCGCAACAUAGUUGGUGGCAUGUUGCAAUUCCAAAAAUGAGCAGAUAGCUGACUUUGUUGCGGAGCUCAGAAGAGAAUAAGACCGACAGCACUUUGUCCUGUAUCCCUGCCGGCCGGAGGAAAGUUGUUUGGCUGUAUUCUGUCACCGCAUCUUCCAUGAAGAUGAUGAAGAUGGCAUCCAAACAACCGUGGACUCAGAUCAUUAUCACAUUAUCGUCCUUAUUGUCCCUGAUCCUGUGCAGCACGGCCACAGAUGUCCCAGAGGAAGAAGGCGUCAAUGCUGAGGCAUGGCUUCGUAAGUUUGGCUACCUGUCACAGGCAAGCAGUCAGAUGUCCACCAUGCAGUCGGCUCAGAUCCUGUCCAAAGCAAUCAGCGACAUGCAGCGCUUCUAUGGCCUCGAGGUGACCGGAGAGAUGGAUCCUGCUACUGUUGUGGCCAUGCGUCGGCCUCGCUGCGGCCUUCCAGACAGAAAAGCGGAUGAGUUGGAUGAAGGAGCAAGGAAGAAACGCUACGCUCUCACUGGACAGCACUGGGGCAAAGAUCACAUCACUUACAGUAUAAUGAACCAACACAUCCCCUCUUCACUGGGCAAAGAGCAGACAUACAAUGCUAUCCGUAAGGCCUUUAACACGUGGCAACAGGUCACGCCGCUCACCUUUGAGGAGUUACCUGCUGAAAACAACAUCAGCACCAACAGCAGCCAGGCAGAGCUCGCUGACAUCCUGUUGUUGUUUGCCUCUGGUUUCCACGGUGACAUGUCGUUGUUUGAUGGCGAGGGAGGGUCACUGGCUCACGCCUACUAUCCCGGACCAGGGAUAGGUGGGGAUACACACUUUGAUGCUGAUGAGCCUUGGACACUGGACAACCAAAACCCUGAAGGUAUAGACCUCUUCCUGGUUGCAGUCCAUGAGCUUGGUCAUGCUUUGGGUAUGGAGCACUCAGAUAACCCCAGUGCCAUAAUGGCGCCUUUCUACCAGUGGAUUCACACACACAAUUUCACGUUACAUGAGGAUGACAUCAAAGGAAUACAGUACAUAUAUGGUCCCCCUCUCCCCACUAAUGCUCCACCCACUUCUCCUCCUGCCCCUGACGACGAGCCCGAUGAUGACUCCCCCAUCUCCCCACCCGAAGAUGAACCCACCACUUCUCCCACCGACCCCCCACCUGAAUCACCCAACCCGACCGGCAGCAGCCCACAACCCCCAGCCCAGCCAGAGACAAGCCCCACGCCUACCUCACCUCCUGUCCUCCCCACCACCACCACUACCACCGUCUACCAGCCUGAGCCAGAACCUGUCACCCCGCACGUUAGAAAGGAUGCCCCCCCUCCUCCCCCACCUACUCGGCCCCCUGCUCCUCCCCGACCCCCAAAGGUGCCAGGCAACCAGCCCCCCAAUAUCUGUGAUGGGGACUUUGACACGGUGACCAUGCUGAGGGGGGAGAUGUUUGUUUUCAAGGGCCGCUGGUUCUGGCGUGUGAGAAGGAACCGUGUCUUAGAUAACUACCCCAUGCCGAUAUCCGUCUUCUGGAUCGGCCUGCCUAGCGACAUCGACGCAGCCUAUGAGCGCCACGAUGGCAAGUUUGUCUUCUUUAAAGAUGAUAGAUACUGGGUCUUCAGGGAGGCUGACGUGCUGCCAGGAUACCCGCAACCCUUACAUGAGUACGGACGAGGAGUUCCUGCACACAAGAUUGACACAGCGAUCUGGUGGGAGCCCAAUGGAUACACAUACUUCUUCAGUGGGGACAGAUACUGGCGAUACAAUGAGGAGACCCGGUCUACAGAUCGCGACUUCCCCAAGCCAAACAGCAGAUGGGGCAACAUCCCUAACUCACCUAAGGGAGCCUUCCUCAGCGAUGAUGGCGCUUACACCUAUUUCUACAAAGGCACCAAUUACUGGAGGUUUGACAACCGCAAAACAGAAGCAGAGAAAGGCUACCCUCGCUCUAUCCUGAGGGACUUCAUGGGCUGUAUGGAAGCCCGUCACCCAAAGCCUGACACAGACACUGAGCAGGGACCAAGAGAGAAACCAAUCAACCCUUCAGACCGAGGCAAAGAUGAGCACAAAGAGCCGGACAGGGGCCGGGACAAAGACACGAAUGCAGAGGAAGACCAAACCUCUAAGCCUGAUGGCACGGAGGAGGAGGACAAAGAGGUGAACGUGGUUGUGACGGUGGCUGACAAUGAAUCAAAGGUCAUGACCCUGGUGAUGGUGAUUGUUCCUCUGGUCCUCAUCCUGUGCAUCCUCAUCCUAAUCUACGCCAUCCUCAGGACUCUACAGAACAAAGAGCCACCGAGGGCCUUGGUGCACUGCAAACGUUCAUUGCAGGACUGGGUGUGAGGCACAGAAUUAGAAGAGAUAGAGCGGGUAUUCAUCAUUUGUCUGGGACAGUUGUUGGUGUCGAAAUUUGUACUUAUGGUGCAGCGGGAAGAAGCUUUGACGCAGUACUAAAGUCUAAGAAAGCUGAGGAUGAGUCACCGUUUUGGGCCCCGUUCAUUGUGAGGACUUUUAUUGCUUGUGAAAUAAUGCACAAGUGGUAAAGACUGUGCCUGUGGAGCUACAGCGUACUUUCCCCUCUACUGGCCUUGAAGUUUUUCUCCUGUGCCUCCCUUUGUGCCUUCUAAAUGUCUAGAAAAAUACCUCUGAUUCUUACACUAAUCACAUUUAUUCCAUCAUAGCGUUAAAAGAAGACCCCUGUUCCUUAACAUAAUCACCUUUAUACUAUCACAGCAUUUAAAAAAUGAUGUGUCAGCAUCUACACGUGUCCUGGAAAAGACACGACACACUAGGAAUGUCCGUUUCUAUCCAUUCUAAUUGUACAGAGGGGGGACCGAUGAUUUAUUUGUAGUAUAAAUGCAGACAAAGUCGAUAAUGCACAUACAUUUAUAUAGAAGCAGACACACUGUACAUAAACACAAACAUGAGUGCUUGUAGCUAUAGAAACAACUUAAACAAAUACACGCAUUAAUAUGGACAAGUCUAUUAUGCUUGACUACGGUGCUUCAACCAACCUUGACGUUUUUCUAUGUUUAGAACUGAUAAUUUGCACUUUUGAUUCUGUUUAUUGUCGUCUUUGUUUUUGCUGAGGUUGCUUCGCUGCAAAUAUGUGUGUGUGUUAGUGCUUAUGAAACACACACACACACACACACACACACACACACACACACAGAGCAGCAGCAAAAGAAGUUCAUCCUCCGACCAGCGCAGGAAUGUCAGACAGCUGUGUGCGUCCAUGACCGCUCGUCUCCCACUGAGCCCAUUAUGUCUGCCCUACACACACACACACACACACACACACAUGCACCGUCACAUGAUCUCCAAAAAAAAAUCCCUAACUGCACUCAAUCUGUGCAUGCAUGUCCACAUAUGCACACACACACACACACACACACACACACACACACACACACACACACACACACACACAUCAAUGCAUAGAGACCACUUACCCAAACAAAGGCACAUAGAGUUUUUGCAUACAGACACAAGGGCUCCAGCCUCCCCUCCUCCCACCACAGCCACGAUAACUGUUCAGACUACACCACUAAAAACACAAUCCCAGUGGAGACAUAUUGAUAUACGACCGGUGCCAGGGCUUGGAUGAAAUACAAGAGGGUGGGGAUUUAUUCACACUUAACGAGAAGAAUUGAAAAGUGUUGUGGUAUUUUACAAACUGUCCAUCUCAGCUCGACCUGUGAAGAGUAAAACCAUAGCAGCAGUAUCUGUCUUUUUGUAUCUCCUCUUCUCUUUUUUUUCAUGCUAAAGCUAAAUAGAGUUGAAGCUAAUUAAGUAUACAAGGGAGAAGUCUGCAGGCUAGAGAGGAAUGGGUCAGGGUCUGGUUUCCAUUAAGCCCACAUGCUGCUGAUUUAGUAGUGUCAGGCAUGAGGAGAGGGGGAGAGGGGGGAGUUGGGGAAAAUGCAAAAAGAAAGAGGCAUAAAAAAAUAGUACUGGGGAGUAAGGGGGAAAUAAGAGAGAAUGAGAUGACGAGGGAAAGAAAGAAAGAAAGAAAGUGGGGGAGGCAUGGAUUGAGGAGGGGAGAGGGAGAGCUCUGCCAGAAUUCCCUUUCCACUUUUCUCUGGGAAAGGAGGAGCGAGAGAAAGAGAGAGGAAGGAUCUCGGGGAGGGGCAGCGCUGGCGUUGUGCCUCCUGACCUAGAUUGGGACACUAAAGUCCACUCCUCCUUUUCAAGUCUUCUUGUUUUUGCUCUGCUUGUUGUCAUGAGCUGGAGAUGACUUCCUCUGCGACCCCUCCUCCCUUCCUCGCCUGUCUUCCUCUCCACUUUUCCUUUUGUUUUUUCAAUUUUCAGUCUUUUCUUCUUCUUUUUUUCUGUCUUUUUUCUGUUUCAUUGCUGUGCCUUACCCCUCUUCUGUGCUCCCAGAUGUAUUAAUUUUCUGCUCCACUCUUCUGGAAAGUGAGCUCAAGCAUUUAAAAAGUACUUAAUGCACAGAAACAUCUGCAGAAAGUGUCCACUGAGCCUCCCACUAUUUGUCUGUCUGUCUUUACCUUGCUUGUCUCUGUGUAAAGCCACUACUCACAUGCUACAAUCAUUACCCUUUGCUUUAGGUUUGUGCCUUUAUUCUGUUUUCAUUGUGCCUUUUUUCUGUGAAUACUGGGGGGCAUUUUUUUUUUUACUAUAAAUAGCAUGAGGGAAAGUUUUUUAAAACAUCUUUUUUCCUUUUUUACUCUACUUAUUCUCAUUUGUAGUUUUGUAAAUUUUGUUCCUGUUCAGGUUUUCUGUAAGAACAGCAGUAGAUUAUUACGAUGAUGUUGAUGCAUGCAGGGCAUGUUCUGUAAGGCCUGUGCACUCAUGUGUAGAGUACGUUAAAGGUUUCACAAUAAAAUUCACAGGUAAAAGCAACA